AUGGAUGAGCAGUUGUUCAAGGGGGACCCAGACACCCCUCACUCCUUCUCCUUCUCGGGCAGCGGCUUUCUCUCCUUCUACCAGUGUGGAGCUGUGGACGCUCUGCGGGACCUGGCCCCCAGGAUGCUGGAAACGGCCCAUCGCUUUGCUGGGACGUCAGCCGGUGCGGUGGUUGCAGCCCUGGUUGUCUGUGGGAUUGAAACGGAGGUGUACCUGAGAGUCUUGAGUGUGGCUGUGGCUGAGGUGAAGAAAUACUUCCUGGGGCCCUUGUCUCCCGCCUGCAAGAUGGUGGCGAUCAUGAGGCAGUUUCUGUACCAGGCUCUGCCAGAGGACUCUUACAAGUUUGCCUCAGGGAAGCUGCAUGUGAGCCUCACCCGGUUCACGGAUGGAGAGAAUGUAGUGGUUUCAGAGUACACAUCCAAGGAGGAGCUCAUCGAGGCCCUGUAUUGCAGCUGCUUCGUCCCAGUGUACUGUGGCCUCAUCCCCCCAACCUACCGCGGCCAGAGAUACAUUGACGGGGGCUUCACUGGCAUGCAGCCCUGCUCCUACUGGACGGACGCCAUCACCAUCUCCACCUUCAGUGGCCAGCAAGACAUCUGUCCCCAGGACUGUCCUGCCAUCUUCAACGACUUCCGCCUGUUCAACUUCUCCUUCCAGUUCUCCCUGGAGAACAUCACCAGGAUAACCCAAGCUCUGUUCCCCCCAGACCUGCAGGUCCUGCACAAUUACUAUUACCGAGGAUACGAGGACACAGUUUUAUACUUGAGGCGGCUGAAUGCUGCCCACCUUCAUUCUCCCUACAACAGAGUGUUUUUCCCCCGGGUGGAAGUGUACUGCCAGAUAGAAUUCACCCUUGGCAACCAGCGUCCGGAACGCCUCCAGAGUGAGCAGUCCAGUCUGAGAGAAUCCAUGCAGCUUCGCUUACGGAGGAUUCCCAAAGAGGAUGGGAAGGGAGGCCAGAGCCCACCUGUGUCCCCACCUGUGCAGAUGCCUCACUCUGCAUGUGAGCACCAUGUGGAAUCACCAGUUUCACCACCAGGUGAAACAUCCUGGGCGCAGUCUCCUGCAUCACCACUGGCCUCAUCACCUCCAUGUGCUCCAACCGACUUGCCACCUGUCUCAUGCACGCCGCCCGCAUCACCCCUAGCUGUACAGGCACCGCCUAGUUCAGCAGUGAAUGCACUUGAGCGGUCGCCAUCAGGAGCACCAUCCAGAUCUGUGAAGGCUGUGGAAUCAUCCCCCCAGCAAUCUCCUUCAGCAUCACCUACACGGUCACCUCUAGAGAAACCAGACCUGGAAAAGCCCCAAGCUCCCCUUGAUGCUUCAAAUCCAGAAAGUGCUGCACCUCUGCUUAAUGUGAAGGAAACUGUCAGCAAGCCUUGUGUGACGGAGAGCCCUGCUGAAGAGUCAAAUUGGAUGAACAAAGUAUUCAAGAGGAACAAACAAAAAAAUGAUGACACCAGAAAAGACUUCACAAAGCAGCCACAAUCCAAGAAAUCAAGCAGCAAAGUGCAGUGA